CUGCGUGUGUGUGGCCGUCUUUCGUCGUGUCCUGUAUAUAUCUAAAUCAUACUAGCCAUCAAUGAGGCUCGUCGUACGACGUCCAUUUAUCCAUGCAGCUGCUUCCACACGCGCUGCAUCAUCUGCACCAAGACGCCGACGUACCUGCCGUAUGUCGACACAUACUCGCAGCUGCCGUCCAUAAGUGUUGCCGUAGCAUUGUAGUUUGUCGCCCACGCAUCAGUGCAUCCCCUCACGGCGUGAUGACAGCUUCCGUCGUCCUUCUGCGCCCGCUCGUCGUAGUCGGUGGCUGCCUUGUCGGUGCAGCCGAGGUGCAGGGGAACGGCCAGUUCGUCAUCCUGCCCUCCCUGCUCAUGCUGCUGGGCAUCUGUGGACGGCUGUAGCUGGAAUGAAGCGCCGCUGCCGCUGAUCGCGACGGACAAAGAGCCACUGCUGACAAUGAUGAGGGCGAUGAGAAACGGCGUUGCCUGCAU